AUGGCGAACCAUCCACUUUGCAAAAUGUCGGCCAGCGCGAUAAUUAUCCUGCUGCUCGUUUUCGAAUCCACAAUCACCAGCGGUAGCGUCAGCCACAGCAUGGUGGAUCCCCAGCGUGUCCUUAGCAGUUCGGGCAUGAGCCUUGGGACCAGCUCGGUCGGUGGAAGGACACACAACGAACUCGACUCAAUGCAGCAGAAGGUGAUGGAGCUGCUGAAGGUGACGUCACGGCCAGUCGCAAGUUCUACUGCUGACGACUCGUCGGAUCUGCUGGAAACAAUGCAAUCAGCAACCAUCGCGAGCAACACAAGCAGCAACAAUGCGAGUGACAUCGACAUCCUUUGGAGCAAAUACAUCGUCCGGUCCGGAUACGUGCUCCCGGUGGAUCCGCUGUUUGUGGCCAAAAUCAAUCCCUUCUGGCUACAGUUCGAGCCACCGACGACGGGCGAACAUUACUUGCUGGCCAUGUUCUACUUUCUCAUGAUGCUGUUCGGUGUCAUCGGAAACGCGCUCGUGAUCUUCAUGUUCUACAGAUAUCGAUCGUUGCGCACACCCGCCAACUAUCUCGUAAUGAACCUAGCCGUAGCGGACUUUAUCAUCAUGAUGGAGGCUCCGCUGUUUAUCUACAACAGCUUCCACCAGGGUCCGGCUCUCGGUUCAGUUGGUUGCACAGUGUACGCGCUGAUGGGUGCCAUCGGUGGAACAGUCGCGAUCGCCACACUCACCGUCAUCUCGAUCGAUCGCUACAACGUCGUCGUUUACCCGCUUAAUCCGAACCGUUCGACGACCAAGCUAAAGUGCUACUUUCUGAUAGCCUUCACGUGGGCGUACGGGCUACUGUUCGCGAUCAUGCCAGCCCUGGAGAUCGGUCUCAGUAGCUACACGGCCGAGGGCUACCUGACGGCGUGCAGCUUCGAUUAUCUCGACCGUUCGUACGAGGCGCGCGUGUUCAUGUUCAUCUACUUCGUGUUCGCCUGGCUGCUGCCGUUCAUCAUCAUCAGCUACUGUUACGCGCACAUCCUGAUCGCGGUGAUCAACGCCAACUCGAUCCAGUCGAGCAAGAGCAAGAACAAAACCGAGGUAAAGCUGGCGGGUGUCAUCGUGGGCAUCAUUGGGCUGUGGUUUGCCGCCUGGACACCGUACGCCGUCGUCGCCAUGAUGGGUGUGUUCGGGUACGAGCAGUAUCUGACACCGCUUAACUCGAUGAUACCGGCGGUGUUCGCGAAGAUAGCGGCUUCCAUCGAUCCGUACUUUUACGCCAUGAACCAUCCACGCUACCGGCAGAUGCUGGAGCGGAUGUGCUGCAACCGGGGUGCCGAUCAGGGCAACUCGCAGUACCAAACGUCCCACUAUACGCGCGGUGCCUCGCGGGCCGGUGAAUCCGAGGCUGAUGGGGACGAAUCCGGCGGCGUCGGCCGAACUCCCGGAGGUGCCAAUUCCGUGCGAGCCUCCGGUCGAAGCGGGCGGCUAAUCACGGCGAAAGGAGUAUCCGGUGUCACAUCCGCCGGUGGUGGCGGUGUUAAGGCACUCAAGAAGCAAACCUCCAACGGGGACGAAACGUCGAUGGAGGUGUCGAUGGAGAUGUAACAGUGCUGCCGGCGGGGAGCCCAGCUCCUUCGCACGACGGAUGAUUUCGAAAACAGUGCCUUCGUGUAGUGUAGUGUAGCGGUUGUAUGUGCGAGUGGCCGGGAAAGAUGCCCUAGGCGACGGUGUGUAAUCACGCAAAAAUUGCCGGAAAAUGGACCUAUUCAUUACACCACCUUUGGCCCAGAUGUGACGUUCUUUCAGGGCCAAGAUGUGACGGUAAUUUGGUGGAGGAGAGAGAGAGAGAGAGA